CGGCCGAACUGAAAGCAGUCGCAGCUGCCAACCGCCACAACCGCGCGAAAAAAAAAUCCGAAAAGAAUCGAGUAUCCAAAAAAAGUUUCAAAUUUCGAGAUAAAUUAAAAACGUUAGUUUUUCAAAGUGGAUCAAAGACAGAAAGACGCCGGCGUCGGCGGUUUUGGUUUCUUCGGCGCCUCAACGGCGUCAAAUAUUCGAGGGAUUUUUUCUACCCGGUUCGGAAACGCUUUAUCCGAUACAGGUUAAAGGGAUGGCACUGCGACUAGCUCCAACCACACCCCAGCAACUCAAGAAAGAAGUACCAGAAGAAGACGUUUAAAUUGAAAGUCAGAAGUUAGAAGCGAAAGAAUUUUCGAAAUGGCUGGUCCGAGAACCAUCCCCAUCAUCAACAUGGAACUAAGUGAACUGAAAGACGUCGUUUGGAACAAGUUGCAAGAACCAAGAUCGCAGCGUAAAUUAAUUUUGGUGAUCGUUUCGAUCGCUUUGCUUUUGGAUAAUAUGCUGUAUAUGGUUAUAGUUCCUAUUAUUCCGGAUUAUCUCCGGUACAUAGGUGCUUAUGCAGAUGACCCGAUUGAUGAAAAUGUUACAGUAGCUCCAGGUGAACCAUUUAAACAUAAACAUCACGGCCAAGAUUCCGCCACCGGUAUUUUAUUUGCAUCAAAAGCUAUCGUACAAUUAAUGGUAAAUCCAUUUUCGGGAGCUCUAAUCGAUCGAAUCGGCUAUGAUGUUCCCAUGAUGAUUGGAUUAACCAUAAUGUUCCUUUCAACGGCAGUUUUCGCUUGCGGAAGAAGUUAUUCGUUACUAUUUUUCGCGCGAAGCCUUCAAGGUGUAGGUUCGGCUUUCGCGGAUACUUCCGGUUUGGCAAUGAUCGCGGAUCGAUUCACCGAGGAGAACGAACGAUCGAAAGCUUUAGGAAUAGCUUUAGCGUUCAUUAGUUUCGGGUGUUUGGUCGCGCCGCCAUUCGGUGGAGCUUUGUAUCAAUUCGCCGGCAAAGAAGUUCCAUUUUUAAUACUCGCUUUCGUCUCGUUGAUAGACGGUUUUAUGUUAUUGUUGGUGAUGAAACCGAUUAAAACGCAAAUUAAAGAGGCUCAAGUGAGUAAACCCCCUUCAGUACCCAUUUGGAGGUUAUUCAUGGAUCCUUAUAUUGCCGUAUGUUCCGGGGCUUUGAUGAUGUCUAAUGUAGCUUUGGCGUUUUUGGAACCAACGAUUUCGUUGUGGAUGGAAGAUAAUUUAACGACCGAAAAUUGGAAAGUUGGAAUAAUUUGGUUGCCCGCAUUUUUCCCGCACGUCUUUGGGGUUAUCUUAACGGUAAAAAUGGCGAAGAAGUAUCCUCAUUAUCAAUGGUUAAUGGCGGCCUGUGGAUUGGCUUUAGAAGGACUUUGUUGCUUCAUCAUUCCAUUCGCAUCAUCCUACAAAGUCUUAAUGAUUCCUAUUUGCGGAAUAUGUUUUGGAAUCGCGUUAAUCGACACUGCUUUACUUCCAACACUCGGUUAUCUUGUUGAUGUUCGAUACGUUUCUAUAUAUGGGAGCAUUUAUGCGAUUGCAGACAUUUCUUAUUCGGUGGCUUACGCGAUCGGUCCGAUUAUAGCCGGAGGAGUUGUUGAAGCAAUCGGAUUUACCGCCCUCAACUUCGGAAUCGCAAUCUCAAACUUAUUAUACGCGCCGGUUUUGAGAUAUUUAAAGGAUAUUUAUGAUUUUAAACCGUUUGAGAACGAAGCUAAUAUUUUAAUGGGCGAUCCUCCGAACAAAGAGUAUCAAACUUAUAGUUUACAAGAUCAUCAAAAAGUGAAUACUGAAGAAUUCAAAAAUCAUCUUGAAUAUUCCCAACAACAAGAAACCAAUUUAGAUCGAAAUGAAGUUAAUGGGUAUCAACAAGGUUAUCAACAAGGUCAGCAACAAGAAUAUCAACAGCAAGGGUAUCCACAACAAGGAUUUCCACAACAAGGAUAUCAACAGCAAGGUUACCAACAACAAGGAUUUCAACAGCAAGAUUACCAACAGAAUCAAAGUAGAAGAGCUCUUCCUGAACAGCCUCAAGGAAAUCCUAAUCCUUUUCGAGGUCCCGAACAACAACAAUCGGCUGUAAGAAAUCCUUUUAGACAAGGUUUUAAUUAAACGAAAAUUUUUCUGAGGGUUGUGUAGUUGCAGAAAAACAUUAAGGUAAGAAUUAAGAUUAAUGGGUGAUGUAAAGAUACUAAAUUAAAAAGGAAACAUUAAAAAGUACUCCCAGUUUCAAUAAAAAUGGUACGAAAGCAAAAUUUUAUUUUCGCUGAGUUGCAAGUUAAUGCUGAAGUGGUAAUCUUCAGAUUUUGUUAAUGUUAAUCGCUUUAAAUUUUUAGAUUGUGCAAAUUAGUUCACUUUUUCUUGUAAAUAAUGUAGAUAA